AUGCUGCCUAGAUUAGCACUCACAAGGACGUCCUUGCUCGCAGCGAGGAUCGUCACCCCGAGGAGCGUCGUCGCUUCCCGGCCCCUCGCGCGAUCGGCCAUCCUUCCCCGUCAGAAUGUUUUCUCCCGGAUUGGAGCCCUCCGCUCCAUUACAUCUGGUCGGGAAUACUCUGCUACCGCCGUCAAGGAGGUAGAGGCCGAAGCGGAGGCCGAAGAGUUCUUCGCCGACGCGCUCGCUUCUACCGUCGCGUCACCUGCCACUUCGACCGCGGACGAGAACGCCCCUUCAUACGCCCCUCCACCUGCCUCAUCCCAAUCCUCAUCGCGCUCGAAACAUUCGAGAAAAGUCCCGGAGCCAGCAGCGGAGGAGUCUCAGGGGGACGAGGGAUCCUUUGCCUCGCUGAAGGGACGGAUCAAUUAUGACACUCUCAAGGCGCUCACGGUCAAGCCGUUCCAGCUGUUGACGAUGUCGGAGGUGCAGAAGCGGGUCAUGGCGUUGAUGCCUGGGCUGGCGGGAGCGAAGCUCAAGAGCAAGGCGAAGGAGGAUGCGCAGGCGCGCGGGGAAGACAUAGAGAAGCUGGAGAAAGGAGAGGGAAGGUCAGAUCUGCUCGUGAAGGCAAGGACAGGUACCGGGAAGACCUUGGCCUUCCUCAUCCCCGCCAUCGAUGCGCGUCUGUCCAAGCUGGAUGAGCUUGCCUCUGCCCCAGGACCAGACGGUCAACCCCUGACCAAAGCCCUCGCUGGUGAACUCUACCGCCAAGUCUCCCGGUCGCACGUCGGCACCCUCAUCGUCUCCCCCACUCGUGAACUCGCUACUCAGAUCGCCACCGAGGCGCGGAAAGUCUGCACCUGGAACAAGGACCUUCAAGUCCAUUUGUUCGUCGGUGGCGAGUCUCGCCGGGCACAGCUCGGUGACUUCCGUCGCGGCCGGAAGGACAUUAUCGUUGCCACCCCUGGGCGGUUGAACGAUCUCCUCUCGGAGCCAAUCGUCAGGCAGGCGAUUGAAAAGACGGACAUGUUGGUCCUGGACGAGGCGGACACUCUGCUGGAGAUGGGAUUCAAGAAGGAACUUGCGGACAUUAUCAGCCACCUCCCUUCCUCCCGCCAAACCUUCCUCUUCUCCGCCACCGUCUCCCCUGCCAUUGCGCAAAUCGCCCGCGCCUCGCUCAAACCCAACCACCUCAUGAUUGACUGCGUACCGAAAAACGAGUCCAACGUCCACCUCCACAUCCCCCAAUACUUCGCCACCGUCCCCGCCGAGCAGCAGCUCUCUCACGUCAUCAAACUGAUCGCCCACGAUCAGCUCACCAAACCCGACAGCAAAAUCAUCCUCUUCCUCCCUACGACCAAAAUGACUAUGCUCACGGCCACCCUGCUGCGCGAGCUCAAACACCUCCUUCCGCGUGGCACUGAGCUGCGCGAGAUCCACAGUCAGCUCAGCCAGGACAGGCGGACGCGCGCAUCGGAUCGGUUCAGGAAAGACUCGCGGCCGUCUAUCCUCGUCACGUCGGACGUAUCCGCUCGGGGCGUUGACUAUCCCGGUGUGACACGCGUCAUACAGGUCGGUGUGCCCACUACGCCCGAGCAGUACAUCCACCGAGUGGGUCGGACGGGCCGAGCGGGCAAAGCUGGCGGAAGGGGCGAUCUUGUCCUUCUGCCAUGGGAGACGGGAUACCUGAACGGUAUGAAGGCCGUUCCUAUCCAGGAGAACACCGGGGAGGAUCUCGCCACCGCUCUCGCCGAGGUCGCGCCGGACACGUACCAGGCGACCAUGGCGACGAUCGACAAGACAGUCAAGGAGUUCUUGCCCACGCUGGAUCCCGAGGCGGUCAACGAGGUGUUUACCAGCCUGCUCGGUUACUAUGCGGGGCGGAAGGAGCAACUGAACAUCGGCGCUGGGCGCUUAGUGCAAGAAGUAAAGGACUGGGCGGUCGAGGCUGGAGGAUUGGAUGAGAGGCCGCAUGUCGGCGAGAACAUGCUGGCCAAGAUGGGCCUGAAGGAGCGCGGGGGACGAGGUGGAUUCGGAGGUGGAGGGGGCCGUGGUGGCUUUGGCGGUCGUGGUGGCGGCGGUGGAGGCCGUUUCGGAGGUGGCGGAGGCUUCGGAGGUCGCAGGGAUGGCGGCGAGGGAGGUGGCUUUGCACGCAGAGAAGGUGGUGGUGGCGGCUUCGGUAGAUCAGAAGGCGGCGGCGGAGGAUAUCACGGCCGGAGCGAGGGCGGAGGAGGCGGAUACCGGCCGCGUGGCGAUAGCGAGAGUGGAGGUGGAGGUGGCUUUAUGGGUCGAUCCCGCGACUCUGAGGGCGGCAGCGAAGGUCGAUUUGGCAGCGGUAUGAGGGGUGGCUUCAGGGGUGGUGAUAGGGGAGGUGGGGGCGAGAGAGGAGGAUUUGGCGGAAGUGGAGGCGAGUUUGGGGGACGACAGGAGAAUGAUCAGCCAUGGAGGAACCGGGGGCGUAUGGAGCGAUCCUGA